AGUAGAAGAACGUGCACUUUUGUUUAUUUUUUAUUGCACGUUUUCAAACAAAUCGAAUAAUUAAUAAAAUUUAUAGAAAAAUGUCUAUAGAUUAUGGCAAUUUAUGUUCGGUGAUAUUAAAACAAUGUUUUGGUGAAACAGUGCAAAUAGUGGGUGAUUGUUUGUUUGGAGCAAAUGCGAGAACGUUGAGUAACCUGGUUAAAACUUCCAAUUUAACGAGAAGAGAAGUUUCCACAGCAUUAGGUAUAUUGAUAAAAUAUCAAUUGAUAACCUUCCAGCCCAGUGAGACUAAUGCAUUUGUGCCGGAAUAUUCUUUGAAACGUGAUGAAAUUUUGUACAUACUAAGAUACUCCAGAUACGUGCAUUUAAUACAAACUAAAUAUGGUUCCGUUGGUGCUGCCAUUGCUGAAGAGCUUUUACAUAGUGGCUCUCAGACCGCCUCUAAUGUCGUUUUGAAAUGUGCCUCAAAUAAUGAGAUCAAUGAAAAAUUCGAAACUAUACGUGAUACCUUUGUUACCAUGAUUAAGGAUAACUAUUUGAUCAAACUGCCUAUGCUGGUGCCGACUGAAGGUGAAGCGGAUCCUGUGCCAAAGUUCAAUAUUGAACCAUAUGAUUUAUUCUUUCCACCCGAUAUUGAUAUACCAACGUUACUGAAAAUACAAUCUGGCGCUUUACCGGCCUCACAAGCUAAAGAUGCGGUGUUUUAUUGGCAAAUAAAUUUUAGCCGUUUUCAUCAAGACUUCCGUGAUGCCAUUAUGGUGGGCGCCAUUGAACGAAAACUUGGAGCCAGUGCAGCUGAAUGUUUCAAAUACAUAUUAAAACAAAUGUACGAAAGAACUGAUCCUUGGCAAAAACAAUAUUCAAAUCCUUUUACUGUUGUUGAAGUCAAACAAUAUGCUGAGAAAAAUUCUAGCAAUUUGGAUUUAGUUCGACAUUUGGAGCAAUAUAUAGCAUCAAUAGCUGACGAUUCUCUUGGUUUCAUCCGGAAAAUUGGAGAAAUGGGUGGUGGUCAAUAUGUGGUGGACAUGUCGGUGGCAUUUGAAAAUUUAGCUUUAUCCUGUGUGGAAAAUGUUAUAACCGAAAGAUUUGGUUCAAAAGCUUCGCGUAUAUUUCGUGUAGUUCGCGUAAAAAAAUAUAUAGAACAGGAAGAUUUACAAAAAGAAGCCAUGAUACCGGCUAAAGAAGCAAAAUUACUAUCGUACAAUCUUUUUCAGGAGCAAUUUUUGCAAAUCAAAACUAUACGCAAAGCAGGCGGUGGUGGAACUGGUCCGGCAAAGGCGUUUUAUUUGUUUUAUUUGAAACACAAACAGAUCACCAAAAUGUUAUUGGAUAUUUGCUAUAAGGCCCUGUAUAAUGACAUAACCCGUUCCAAUUAUGAGAAAAAUGAACAUAAACGUUUAAUCGAGAAAUCUCAAAAAUUAGACAGUAUUGUGGCCACCAUGAAAGAAAGAGGAGAAUCGGAGGAAUAUAUAGCAGAGAUACUUGAAACUUUAACACCACCAGAACGUGAAAUACUUGAUAAAGUAAAGACACGCAUUAAAACUUUAUCGAAAGCUGAAUUAACUUUAGACGAUUCAAUAUUUUUAUUACAAAUGUAUCUCUAUCACUCCUCCCAACAGCCAACUUUAGCAAAUGCUAAAAAAUAACUUAAUAACGCUUAUUUUGUUUAAUUUUCAAUUUUAUUUAUGUAUAAAAAAACGUUUAUAUUAAACAACAAAUUAUUUGGAAAUAAUUUAAACAAAUCUGUUGAAUAUUAGAAAAACAAUUUGUAAUAUUUUGUAUACAUAUUUUUCUUUGACUAUUUACAAUGUUUACAAUACAAUAACUUAUUAAAUGCUUUUUUUAUAUUCAAAGAAGAACUUAAAUAAAAAAAUAACAUAUUUUAUGUAUAUAUAAAAAAAUAAUAAUAA